AUGUUUAUCCCAAUAUUCUACGGUCUCAGCGUGCUAUGCGCUUUACUAUUCUACUAUACAAGGACCAAGGUAGAAACUUGUGAAGAUGCGAACUUUAAAGGUUUCCAAAAGACCUAUAUUACUGUCUAUUUGUUGGCUGUUGCUGGUGAUUGGCUGCAAGGACCUCAUGUCUAUGCUUUGUAUGACAGCUAUGGAAUGACAAAACAUCAAAUUGAGAUCCUUUUCAUUGCUGGCUUUGGUUCAUCUUUACUUUUUGGCACAAUCAUUGGCUCAUUUGCGGACAAAUUUGGUCGUCGAAACAAUUGUCUUCUUUACGCUUUAUUGUAUGGUGGCGCUUGUGUAACGAAACAUUUCAAUGACAUCAAUAUUUUAAUGAUUGGACGAUUUCUUGGUGGUAUCGCGACGUCAAUUCUCUAUUCAGCUUUCGAAAGUUGGCUUGUUUUCGAGCAUAAUAAGCGUGGCUUCAGCGAUGAUCUCUUGGGCACAGUGUUCUCAAAUGCAGCUUUGGGCAACUCUCUUGUCGCCAUUCUUUCCGGUGUCGCUGCUCAAAUGGCUGCUGAUACUUUUGGCUAUGUUGCUCCAUUUGAUUUGUCAAUGUUAGUGUUGGGUGUAAUGUUUUUCCUUGUCUAUGGUACAUGGACUGAAAACUAUGGAAAUGAAUCAGCAGCUCUUCAGCAUUCAUUUAAAGAAGCUGCGAAUACGAUUAGAAAUGAUGUAAAAGUGCUUUGUCUUGGACUAGUUCAAUCGCUUUUUGAAGGAGCUAUGUACACUUUUGUACUCGAAUGGACUCCAGCUUUAUCACAAGCAACUGAAGGUUCAUCAAUUCCUCAUGGAUAUAUUUUUGCUGCUUUCAUGGUCGCUACAAUGAUGGGCUCAUCAAUUUUCAAAAUCAUCUCCAAGCGGAAAAGACCUGAGGAUUUUAUGAGAUACGUUCUCUUUAUCGCAGCGAUUUGUCUCUCCGUUCCAAUCUUCAUGCCCUCUUCAGGCAUCUCCAUUUUCAUCGGAUUUCUCGUUUUUGAGGGUUGUGUAGGCAUUUUCUGGCCAGCAAUGGGUUUCUUGCGGGGUGUUUAUGUGCCUGAAGAAACUCGUUCCACUACAAUCAAUCUCUUCCGAAUCCCCCUCAAUCUCAUCGUCGUUUUCAUUCUCUUACAAAACUUCUCAAUGUUGGCAAUCUUUCACUUCUGUGUCUUCUUCCUUUUAUUGGCUGCUUGUGCUCAGCAUGUUCUCUACAAGCACAGCUUGGUUGAAACAAAGCACCUUCCCGUCAAAGUGAGUCAAGAUGAUCAAUAU